UCUCUCAACGAAGUGUGGCCGCCGAUCGAGGACAUCAACAAUUGGCGACGUUAAAUAAGAAGACAGAAGAAGAAGAAGAAGAAGAAAAAAGACACGGAACAAAUUUCACAAGAAAAUAAACCCAAAGGAAUAAGAAGCAACACAAAUCAUUCACAACUUUUGACUCGUCUCAUUUCUCAUCCACCUUUAUCCCCGAGGAAAGAUAGAGUCUUACACACACAAAGAAUCCCUCACAAAAUGGCUACCUCGUCGCCGUCAUGGCACCUCCUCCCGCCCGACCUCGUCGAGCACCAAAUCGGCCAGAUCGACCUGCUGAUGGCGAUGUACCCGGCCGAGGAGGAGGCCACAAUCGAAAAAGAGUCUGAAAAGAUCCUCGCCCUCCUCAAAUCUCACCUCGAGGACCCAUCAUCAUCAUCAUCAUCACCAUCACCACUCACCUCCACCAGACCCCCGCAGGUCUCGGUGCUGCUCACCCUCACCAUCGCCGAGCAAGAGGAACAGGGCGGAAAGGACCCGCCGGCCACCAAGACGCUGCAGCUCGACAUCGCCGUGCCCUUCUCCCACCCGCCCGGCCCCGCGCCGGAUGAGGCCCCGCGUGUCGCCGUACGCAUCCGCCAGCCGGCCUGGCUAAGCCGCGCCGCGACGGCGCAGCUCAACGCGCGCGUCCCCGAGGACGAGGACCUCUUCAGCACCAUCGAGGUCGUCCGGGACGCCGCCGCGGAGCACCUCGAGCGCGCCAAGCUCGCGGAGGCCGAGGCCCUCGCCGCUGGCGACAACCGUCUCGACGCAGACGACGACGAGGACGGCGACUCGGGUGAGCCACCACACCUCGUCCGGGUGUGGUUUUACUUCCCCUCCAUCUCGACCCGCUCCAAGCGCGACGACUUCAUCAUCCACGCGCCGGCGUAUGGUCUCACGGGCUUCCUCUACGCCGGGAAGCCGGGCCUGCUCUGCCUCGAGGGCGCCUCGCGCCGCGUCGACGCCUAUAUGCGCUUCAUCAAGACGGAGAGCUGGGGCGACAUCCCCGCGCACCACAAGAAGGUCAGCGAGCGGCACCGCGAGACGGGCGUCGCGUCCCGCGUCUUUGGCGACAUGAGCGAGAUCACCGACUCGGUCGGCGAGCGGCGGGGCCAGAGGGCGAACCGGGGGGACAUGAAGGCCGUCGAGGGCUGGCUGGUCGAGCGUGGUCUGGGGGAUGCCUUUGCCAAGGUGCUGAUGUAG